UGAUUUCCCCGGGUGGUUUGGAUUGCCGUCCACUUCCUCAAGAUAUUUUUUGGAGAUCAAUACUAAAAAAUAUAGAAUAAAUAUGUGAUGACAGAUUUUGCAGAAAGUUGUUCCAGUCCAUAGUUUUCUGUACAAGAUGGUGAUUGCAGAUGCUGAGUCUCCAGGGCCACUCAGGAAACGUCCCCGAUUGUCACUGAGGUUUCCAAAAGCAGUAACCUCACAGAAGGAUAGAUUGUCUGGUCCUGGUAAAAAGGAUGAAAGCCAAAAAGAAACAAGAGAGCUUUCAGGAGAAACUGAAGAAGUUCAAGAAUUGUCAAUGAAUGAUGACAUAGGCUAUAACUCAGAAAAAGAAGAAAAGGUUGUUCCAGCAGUUAGCUCCCUUGAAAACUUGGGCAACACCUGUUUCCUGAACAGUGUACUUCAAGUACUAAGAUAUACACCAGGCUUUCUCGAUGGACUUGAUGACUUGCACGGUGAGAUCUUAUUCGUGGAGAAAUGGCAAAAACAGGACACAGCAUCUAAAGAAUUACACGAGGACCUGUCCUACGAGUUGUCUCAAUCACAGACCUGUGAUAUGAUGAAACACCUACACAAGCUGUACAAGUUUAUGGAUAGGAGAGAGGUGAGACACUCUGAAGUGGCUAGCUCAGAUGUGAUGUCGAUGGCACUGAAACCGGACAAAAUUCUGAACACCCUAAGAGAGCUGAACCCGAUGUUUGAAGGGAAUCUCCAGCAUGAUGCCCAGGAACUCCUUCGCUGUAUGCUGUGUUACUUACAGGAUGCUUUUAAAGAAAUAAAGAAGAUCAAGAGUCGCCUUCCUCCCAGUGCUUUGCCCCAGUCUAAGGGUCCCCUCAAUCCCAUUAUGCAGAAGUUUCUGUCAAAUGGCAAGUCUGAAAGAAACGAUUUAAAGCAAGAUGUGCCAAAUCACGUAUCUAUAAAGAAAGAGGUUCAGCUUCCCGCUGUAGAAGUUGCAAAAUCUUUUCCAAAAACAGACUUCUUGGACGAGAUAGAGAAAAGUGAAUCUGCAAAAACAGCGUCAUCUGAGGAAACGAUGGAUGUUGCGGAAGCCGACAUACCUGAUUUUACUGUGAAAGUCGGUGUUAACAAGGACCAGGACGCGGACCUGGACACUGACAGUAAACAAGGGGUGGUUAAAGGAAACAUUUCUGCUGUGCCAAAAAGGUUAAGAUCAAAGCGAACACAACCACCAUCUUCUGUGAAGAAAACUCGGGAGAAAAUGUCAGAAAAGUUAGACGAGACCGAUGGAGACCCUUUAUUGAGGAGACGGAAAGGAGGUAGGAAGUCAACGGAGAAGGAUGCAGCUGAUGAUAAAAGUCAGAUUAAAACAGAAAAAGACGCUACCUCAAAUAGUUCAGCCAGAUGUAAGAGCAAAGGGUUGACAAACGGCAGUGCCAAUGGGGAGGUGAAAUGUGAGGAGGAUCAGCCCGACUCCUGUGGUACAAAGUGCUCAUCACAACCCAGUAUUUUAAGUAUGCUUACAGGGGAGAAACCUUGUAAGCGUUUGGGGAUGAGGGGAGCAUCGAUGAAGAACAACCAGAACAACAGCUCUUGUAAUGGGCCUGUAGGUGACAACCGUUUGGAGAAAACCUCACCAGAUAUACACCUGUCAAAGGAGUCUUUGGCCAAGUCCAAAAAGAGGAAAGUUUUGACGGCAUUUGGUGAAAGAACUCAACCUGUCGAUGCUUCAAAUGUGACAAGUUCAAUAAAUAAUUCAAAUUCACCGCCUUCCAAAGAAAGAACAAAAAGUCAGAAAGAGCAAGUUAACAAAGUUGACAUCAAACAAGAGGUGUCCGAAAAAGACAGCUCUCAUUUAUCGUCAGAAUUUCAGAAAAUGAAGUGCGAAAAUGUCGCCAAUUCUCCUGAUAAACAUAAACGCCAACCUUUGCUGAAGCUAGAGAAAUGUGAUCACGUUUGUGACAGUCCAAAAAAAUCAGUGAAUGCAGAAUAUGCCGAACAAACUUUGUCUCCAAUGAAAAUGUCCAACUCCUCUAAAAGUACUGUCAUGGUUGGGAAUGCAAAACACAAACUAGAUUUUUCACAUGACAAAUCAAGAUGUGUAACUACUCCUCCAGGGAAGUUGUGUGUAAAGCCCCCUCUAAGUAAAGUGGAUUUCGUUGAAAAUCUAUUCAUGGGAAAAAUGAUGUUGAGGACUAAGUGUCUAGAGUGUGAAUUUUCAAGAGAACGCAUUGAGGAAUUUCAUGAUAUUUCAGUUCCUUUAAAGAAGGAAAAAGGUGAUAAUGAUGAUGAUGAGGAUGAAGAUAUGGAUUCAGAUGAAGAAGACAACUCGUGUCUGAAGAAGAUGAUGGAUGCUUUUGCGGAGGUGGAGCGACUGCGAGAUGAAAACAAGUAUUACUGCGACAACUGUAUCCGUCACGUAGAGGCUGAGCGGUCCCUUCACUAUGAAGUACUACCGGAUGUUCUGUCCCUUCACCUCAAGCGCUUCUCCGCUUCAUCUGGACUGUAUGGCUAUGUGUCUAAGAUUAACGACCAUGUCACCAUCCCGCUGUCUCUGCCAUGUCUGCGGUACAAGUGUCCCAGCCCGUGCAGCCGUCCUGAUCAUAGGUAUAUGCUGUAUGGACUGGUCACUCAUGCUGGAGUUACAAUGACCUCUGGUCACUACCUCUCAUAUGUCCGUGUCCUUGGCAAUGGUCAACCUAAACUUGGUGCAAGUGACUCUCCAUCUUCCUGUAAAGAUAACAACCUGUCCAGUAGAAGUGGUUUCUUCCGGAGUGCUCUCGGAGAGAACAAGCGAUCUGGACUGGGAACCAAGUAUCCGAGUGUGCCAAAACAGAUGUACGAAGAACAGUGGCUAGAAUGUGAUGAUGAAACCAUCCGCAUGUACAGCAAACAGGAGUUCUGUAACCUUCUGAAGGGAGAGGGAGGGUCUUUGUUAGGAACGCCUUAUGUACUGUUCUACCACAGGGUAAUCCCUGGUGUGCACUGGUGACCUUGUGAAAGGGUCAGAGGUCACUUCUAGGGACCCAUUACAUGUUAGUUCUACCACAGGGUGAUACCUGGUGUGCACUGGUGACCUUGUGAAAGGGUCAGAGGUCACUUCUAGGGACCCAUCACAUGUUAGUUCUAUCACAGGGUAAUCCCUGGUGUGCACUGGUGACCUUGUGAAAGGGUCAGAGGUCACUUCUAGAGACCCAUUACAUGUUAGUUCUAUCACAGGAUAAUCCCUGAUGUCUACUGGUGACCUUAUGAAGGGAUCUAUUUUGGAUGGAAUAUAUAUCUCUUACCAAAAGGUGUAGGUGUGUCUGCUGAGGUGCAGUUUUGUAAGACAUUCGGUGUCAGAGGAUUUCAUGGUCAUGCACAAUAUGAAUAUAUAUAUUUAUACCAAACCUGAAAAAAGAUAUUUUUAAAAAUCAGAACAUUUGUUUCCUGGCAUUAGUGUGGCCACCUGUGAAGACUAUAUAGACAGCUCUAUAAUUAUCUAAAAGGCUUGAUAAGCAUGUUAGUCAACCAACUGAUAACAGUCAGCUGACGUAUAGUACACCAUGAAAAUAGGUACAGCAAGGUCAUUGCGUAGAUAUUACUUACCGAAAUACAGCAUUCUCUUUGUUCCUUGCAGAAUAGAUAGAAAUGAUUAAAUAUACAGCUUUUUGUUUGCUGUAUAUCCAUAUUUGUGUCAGCACGGGUCUGCUUUUUAGUUUAUAGAGUACUGAUUUUAUUUAUUUGACAUUUUACUUUAGACGAUAGAUUUUAAAAUGUCAAGUAACUACAUGUAUGUAGCAUUAAAGGUUUAAUUUAUUUGUACUGUAUGAUAAAACUACUGUCAGAAUUAUUUAUCUUAAAGACUUUGACUCAAGUGUGAAAUAUUUAUUGGGUUUGAUAUGAUUUGAUACCUAUGUAUUUUACUAAUCUUUGAGGCAUUUGGUAUUUCUGUGUGUGUAUAUACGUACCAAGUACUGUGUAGAGCUCAAUCCGGUGUUUUUUUAAAGGUGGGUCUUCACAUUGAUAUUUGUAAAAUAGUUUUUCUGUCAAUAUUUAACCUCAUUCAUUUAUAUGAAGUGGGUCAAUGAGCAUUAAAGUAAGUAUAUGAAUCUUGAGUUUCUGGGGAGACCCCCCCUAGGUAAGUGCAGACCCCCCUGGAAUGCUCAAUGCCGGAUCCCUCCCUAUCGGUGUUGUGACCAGGUAGCUAGUCUAUGCCUGAUAAAAGGUUAUGUAAAUAUGACAGGAAUUUCCUGUAGAUGUCCAUAAAUCUCAGGAAUGUUCAACAUCAGAUUGAAUGGUAAUGUAAUACAUAUGUAUAAUGUGCAUGUUGAAAUUUUACUUGUGUACAUUUUUUGAAAAAAAUCUUGCAUCAAAGGUGCCCAUUAUUGUAUAUUUUAUCAUAAUCGUGAAUGAUUAUGCUAUGUAUUGAUAUAUACAUUUUGUGUUAGGUUAAAUUCAUUUCUGUUUGCAGUAAACAUUAAGACACUGUGAAUGUGAAUUGUAGAUGAGCUAUGUAUUUAGACUACAAUGAGGUAAAAGGGUCAUUUUAGUUUAAGUGUAACUAGAACAGAAAGCGGGAAUCAUUAAGGAUAAAUUCAGAACCAAGUUCAUGUUGAAAAAUGUCCAAAUUAUACAUUCUGAUUGAAAUUGAAUGUAAGCUUCAGUUUGAUUAUUGAUGUGUACACUCAGAGGUAAGAAUAUUUAUGAAAUGUGUAUUUCAAAUUAUGUGUAUGCAGUAUUUUCACAAAGAUUUGAAACAGGUGGCUGACUUGAAAAGAAUAUCUUGUUGAAUGUUAACAUGCUAUUAUGAAAAGUUCUUUUUAUACAACCAAUAAGAGUUUCUAUGUGACGUAACGAUAACUAGUACGGAAUGUACACCGUCACCUUCAUCAGACAAAUGAUCGGUGAAGCGUAUGCACACAAAGGUGUAAAAUCGAUUCGGCUACGCUGUAAGCAUAUGUACAAGAGUUGUUAUAUAUGAACAGAAAUGCCUCAAUUCAACUAUGCUUUGUUUAGUACUUAAUCAUAUGCUAUAAUGUUGACGUAUUAUUCAAAGUAAUAGCCGGUUCAAAGUUGAUGAAUAGCACUAAGCAGGCUAGAUUUGCCGGCAACUGGCUUUCAAUGAGAACACUGGUGUGUACACUAGGUGUCAUAAUAACUGUUACUCAAACGCACAAACCUACCAAGGAUAGUACUGUGGUGAGUCUAUCAUAAUAUCUGUAUGUAUCGAGGUAAUGAAAGACAUAUUAUACUUCAUUUUAGACAAAAUGUUGGAAAUCUUAUGUUGAAGAUGAUUUUUAAAAUGUAAACAAAUAUACAUCAUGAAAUAAAUAUAUCUUUACAAAA